UUUUAGCUAAAUGUUUUCUUGAUUUGCGCUGGUGUUACAUGCACUCCUGUAGCGAGUCUUUGUACAUCGUUCUUGAAAAGAUCACUUCCUGGAUCUAUUUGUUCAAGAUGUCGACUAAGAGCACCGAGGACAUCGCUAACACUUUAGUGAAAUAUUUUAAAGAAAGUGAAGUGACGGAAUAUUUGAAGCGGUGGAUCCUAACUUUGAUGCGGUAUAUAAAUUCUGAGUCUGGCGUUUCGCAUCAUCACAUAAAAACAUGUCACAAAAACUCACAUUGCAGUUGUGACGUGUCGCAUUGCGGAACCCUACCAUUCUCAGCGAUUCCACAGAAAAGGGGUUACCCACUGAUUGGCUGCAUGCUAGACUAUUAUCAUAAUCUGGGCAAAACUCAUUGGCUCUUAUCUCAGCGAAGUGAAGAAUUCGGAGCAAUCUUCAAGGAGAAGGUUGGUUCUACGGAGAUCGUGUUUGUAUCGGACCUCGAAGCAGUGGAGACGAUGGUGAAAUUUGAAGGACGUCACCCUUACCAUUUUGACGUGGCACCCUGGCUCGAGUAUCGGAGGGAGAGUGGGAAAGCUUGUGGAAUCUUGACUGCCCAGGGCGAGGACUGGGGUAGGAUGAGAAGGGCCAUAAACCGUCAUUUACUGAGGUCCAAGCACGUGGCAGAUUUCAGCUGUGACCUGAAUGUCGUGACCGAGGAUUUCCUGAGUCGGUUAGCCAGAAUCCGAACAGCAGAUAACACUGUCCCUGACCUACACCACGAAGUGCUACGGUGGGCACUGGAAUCCACGGGGGUAGUUCUGUUCGAGAAGAGGCUGGGGUGCCUGGAGGAUCGCCCGAACCCAGACACGGAGACUUUCAUCCGAGAUGCCGAGAACAUCAUGUCCCUAACACAGCAACUUAUAUACCUACCUACGUCAUUUGCCAAGGUGAUUCUUCACUCCACGUGGAAAAAGCACGCGCAAUGCUGGGAUGCAUUGUUUUCGAUGGCGCAGAAAUGUGUAGACGAGAAAAUAUCUGCUCUGCAGGAGAAUGAGGAGAAAGACGAGGCGAUGGGUGGGUUUCUGUCGUACUUACUGGCUCAUGGAUCUAUGAGUGCGGAGGAAGUGUACGCCAAUGUCAUAGAGCUGAUGAUUGGUGGAAUUCACAGCACGACAAGUAUCGUACAGUGGUUACUGUACGAGUUGUCACGGAGCCCCUCCUCCCAGGAGAGCCUGUACACAGAGUUGUCCCAGCGGUUGCCCACUUCUGCCCAGAUCACAGCUUCCCAGAUGAGCCACAUGCCCUACCUACAGGCCGCUCUGCAGGAGGCACUCAGACUGUAUCCCGUGGCUGGUGGAAUUCCCCGUAUCUUACAGACUGACCAGACACUCUGUGGCUACAGACUGCCUAAAGGGGCGAACGUAAUGGUGCUUACUCAUGUCAUUGGUCGGAGUCCAGACCUGUUUGAGAACCCUGACAAUUUUUGCCCUGAUCGAUGGCUUCAGUCAGGUUUAUCCGAACAGCACAGGCUGUUAAAGGAUCUUGCUUUCGGAAUGGGCAACAGGAUGUGUGUUGGUAAACGUAUUGGUGAGCUAGAGAUCAAAAUCCUGCUAUCCCGUCUCAGUCAGAGAUUCGUGGUGGAGCCCGUGACCCCUGACCUCGUGAAUAUUCAGUCGUGUCUACUUCUGCAGCCAGAUAAACCGAUCGAGGUGCGAUUUCUGGAUAGAGAUUAACCUGCGGCUCGGAACCCCCACACCAUAUGCCAAGGGGAACGUAGGAACCGCUAUAUAGGUCGUGCCGAGUGGAACGUCCGCUGUUUCCGAGCCGAUAUCAACCAGCCUUCAAGUCUUCUUCAUGGGUACCAUGCAAACUACCUGCGCAUUAUGCAAUGAAGGAGAAAAGCAAGAGACGAGUGUAACUGCUGAUAUAUAAAGGCUGUUUGUCACAACAGAUAUAUAGGUCGCAUACUGAGUGGUGAUACAUGAACCUUACAUAUAUCAGAAUAGCCACCGAUCAUUUGGUCUGCAUUUUUUUCAAUCCAUACCCUAUGGUAUACCUGUAGGCUACAUAUUGACUAGUCCUAUUCAACAUGAAUGGGAUGUAGACAAAGCGUUUGUCAAUACUUGUAAAUUUGCCAGAAACUGUCUACUCAGACGAUAUUCUCAAUUAAAGAACAUUGUUCAAUA